GGAGCCGGCGCGGUCGCAGUCUCCACGGCGCAGGCCCACGGUAGCGCAGCCGCUCUGAGGGGAUCUUCCCAAUCCAGGGACUGAACCUGCACAUCCUGCAUUGGCAAGCGGAUUCUUAACCCCUAAACCACCAGGGAAGCCCAGAAGCAUGCACGCCAAAUUGUUAACUUGGUACCUUCUCACUCAGGUCACUGUGACAGACACAGGGUUGUAAGCUGUAAUGUGGAGACGACUUUCCUCUUUGACAGUGGAUCUUCAUGGAGGAACACGGAGUGACCCAAACUGAACACAUGGCUACCAUAGAAGCUCAUGCAGUGGCCCAACAAGUUCAGCAGGUCCACGUGGCCACCUACACCGAACACAGUAUGCUGAGUGCUGACGAAGACUCGCCUUCUUCUCCUGAGGACACCUCAUACGAUGAUUCAGACAUACUUAACUCCACAGCGGCUGAUGAGGUAACAGCCCAUCUGGCUGCUGCAGGUCCUGUGGGAAUGGCAGCUGCUGCUGCUGUGGCAACAGGAAAGAAACGGAAACGUCCUCAUGUGUUUGAAUCUAAUCCAUCUAUCCGGAAGAGACAGCAAACACGUUUGCUUAGGAAACUCCGAGCCACACUAGAUGAAUAUACUACUCGAGUAGGACAACAAGCUAUUGUCCUUUGUAUCUCUCCCUCCAAACCCAACCCUGUCUUUAAAGUGUUCGGUGCAGCUCCUUUGGAGAAUGUGGUGCGUAAGUACAAGAGCAUGAUCCUGGAAGACCUGGAGUCCGCCCUGGCAGAGCACGCCCCUGCGCCACAGGAGGUUAAUUCAGAGCUGCCGCCUCUCACUAUCGAUGGAAUUCCAGUCUCUGUGGACAAAAUGACCCAGGCCCAGCUUCGGGCAUUUAUCCCAGAGAUGCUGAAGUACUCUACAGGUCGGGGGAAACCAGGCUGGGGCAAAGAAAGCUGCAAGCCCAUCUGGUGGCCUGAAGAUAUCCCAUGGGCAAACGUUCGGAGUGACGUCCGCACAGAAGAGCAGAAGCAGAGGGUUUCAUGGACCCAAGCACUACGGACCAUAGUUAAAAACUGUUAUAAACAGCAUGGGCGGGAGGACCUUUUGUAUGCUUUUGAAGAUCAACAAACACAAACACAGGCCACAACCACACACAGUAUAGCCCACCUGGUACCAUCACAGACCGUAGUCCAGACUUUUAGUAACCCUGAUGGCACUGUCUCGCUUAUCCAGGUUGGUACAGGGGCAACAGUAGCCACAUUGGCUGAUGCUUCAGAAUUGCCAACCACAGUCACUGUUGCCCAAGUGAAUUAUUCGGCGGUGGCUGAUGGAGAGGUGGAACAAAACUGGGCCACGUUACAGGGGGGUGAGAUGACCAUCCAGACGACGCAAGCAUCAGAGGCCACCCAGGCGGUAGCGUCACUGGCAGAGGCCGCAGUGGCAGCUUCUCAGGAGAUGCAACAGGGAGCUACGGUCACCAUGGCACUCAACAGCGAAGCUGCCGCCCAUGCUGUCGCCACCCUGGCCGAGGCCACCUUGCAAGGGGGGGGACAGAUCGUCCUGUCUGGGGAAACCGCAGCAGCUGUCGGAGCACUUACUGGAGUCCAAGAUGCUAAUGGAGUAAUCACCGGUUCUACCCAAUUCUGGAAGACCCCUCGAGGACUGGUCCAGAUCCCUGUGAGCAUGUACCAGACUGUGGUAACCAGCCUCGCCCAGGGUAAUGGGCCGGUGCAGGUGGCCAUGGCCCCUGUGACCACCAGGAUAUCGGACAGCGCAGUCACCAUGGACGGCCAGGCUGUGGAGGUGGUGACGUUGGAACAGUGACAUGCAGCCAUACCAUGGCAUCAUUUUCUAGUCUACUUCAAAAUUUUUUACACGUUUGCAGAGGUGCAAUCAAAUGGAAUUAAGUCUCUCGACUUUGGAAGAAAAGUUUUGUUAACCUUUUUUUUAAAAAGGAAGAAAGGCAGUGGAUUUUGGAAUUGCAUUUUUUAAAAAGCACCACUCUUGAUUUUCUGGGAUUGGUGGAAUAAGAUACUGCGUUGUCAAUUUCACGGUCCCGAAAAAGCCAAAUUGUGGCAGGACUUCUUUCUGCGGAAACGUGUGUAUACUUCCGUGUGUGUAUGUGUGAAUGUGAAUAUAUGUAUAUGUGUACAUAUGGAUAUACACAUUUACAUAUAUAUAUAUAGAGUAUAUAUAUAUAUGUGUGUAGAUAUAUAUAUAUAUAUAUAUAUAUAUAUAUAUAAAAAGAAACCCGCAUGGAAUUAUCUGUAUGAAAUCAAGGUGAGCUGUGGAAAAAUAAUUCACCCAGUUUAGUGGGUGUAGGGUACGUGGCCAGACAGCCACCUGGUUUUGUUCAUACCAGGGUCAUGCGUUGAGCUACUGACAAACUCAGGCGGAGGUGACCAUGCCCUUCACCAAAGCUGCCUCCCGGUGGCCACCCAGAACUCUCCCUGCUGGGCUCACCUGAGAACAGAGGUUCCAGAUUAGGGUGAGGUCCAGAAACUGUGCUUGCAAGACCCAGGGGCCGCGUGGUCUGGCAGCUGAGACGCUCCUCGGGCUGGCCCAGAUGCUGACCUUGCCACAGGCAAAUGAAAUGUCUUUAAAGCUCCCAGGCAGGGUCGAGAGGGUUUUCUUUCUUUCCCAUCUCCUCCCCUCCCCAGGAAACCUUCUUGAUCUCACUGUUAACCCGUCGCUUUGGUUUUAGGGUCAGUCCUGAAUUGGUCAUGUAUAUGAACUGAAGGUGACAGAAGUAUUAAGGGUUUGAGGAGUGCGUGCGCGUUGCGUGUGCUUGUGGGUGUGUGCAUCGUGGAGAGAAUGAGGGGGUGGGAGGAGUUGGAAGGGGAAAGGAAGGAGGGAGAGAAAAAUCUUUUAAAGACCAGGGUGCACCAGUGGGAGCAACUUUUUCCCUUCCUGUGACUUCCUGUAGCUUAACAGAGGAGACGAGAACUGACAGGGGCUCCUGGCGCGAGGAAGGCUGUCCACUAGACUGAGGGGCACUGGAGAGAAGAGGGCUGAGGGUGCCUCCUGCGCCCCUGGAUCAGGCCCGAUCUCAGAAGGGACCUUGCAGCUGUCCCAGGUGCAUCGUGCUAGGCCCAGGCCCCACAGCUUCCCUCUCAUGGCUGUUAAUUGGUCUGGGUGUUCUUUGUAAUGAAAUUCUGUGAUUUCUCAGCCACAAGCAAGCCCUGAGUCUCCAGGGGUUAAUUCACCUGACUUUUUGACAGGCCAAAUCUCUGCUCCUUGAGUACAGGGAUGACUUUUCCUCCCUCCUCCCAGGCCCCCCCACCCCCGUGUGUGACUGUAUAUUUAAUGUGUUUUUUUUUUUUUUAACGCGACAUUAAAAAGAUUCUUCACGUCUUGCUCAGCCUUUGAGAAAAGUUUCAGAUUCUUGUAUUUGCUUGUUUUAUAUAAAACUAUCCAGUGUUCUUUGUAUGUUUUUUUUUUUUUUUUUCUGUACGUAAUGGGGGGAGGGAAGGGAAAUUUACAUAAAACAGUCCUAGUUCUACAAUUUGUUAUUUUUUUAAUUAUUAUUUUUUAUCAUCGUUGUGAAACUGUCCAGGGGCUUUAAAGUCCGUGUUCCUUUGUGGUGAAAUACCCUCCUGAUAGUUUGAGAAAUUGCCAAGAAGAAGAAGAAAAGCAGAACCCCAGUAGCAGAGCAUGGAUUCUGUGUCGUUUUCCAUUCUGUCUAUUACUGCCUCAUUCAAUAAAUAGUUAACGAUGUGGCAA